GUAGCGGUUUACCCUGGACCGGAAAAAAAAAAAAUCGGUUUUUUAACCAGUGCUUACGUGGACGGUAGAAUGGGAAAACUUAAAACUUUGGCUGCAAUUUGGGAAUUGCGGUUCUUCUUGACCUUAAUUUGGGAAAGAGCUCAGAUAACAAACCCAAUUGAACACCAACCUAAAACACCAAAAAAAAUCUCAAAACAAUGUCCACUACUUUCCUCCAAUCUCCACCAUUUCUCACCACCAAAAUCAUCACCACUAAAACCACCAAUCCCCAACAUCUCCGCCGCAACUUCCGCCCUAUAAACUCCCUCAACCGCCCCACAACACCACCAACUUCAACCACCCCAAACAAUGUCCAAACUCUCCUCACCAACCUCACUAAACUCCUAUGGUCCAAAACCCUUCCACCCCAACUCCUCAUCUCCACCGUCAGAUCAAUCUGGACCACCACGUGGCUUCUUAUGAUGUCCCAACUCGCCCCUUCUGACCCCACUGGUAGUUACUCAAGACCCACCUCCCAAUUUCGCGCCAAAAUCAACAACCUUUCCCGCCAUAACCUAACUACCCUCCAUCUCUAUGUGGGUCUUCCUUGUCCUUGGGCUCAUAGGACCCUCAUUGUUAGGGCUCUAAAGGGUCUUGAGGAGGUGGUUCCGGUGUCGGUUGCGUCGCCGGGUGUUGAUGGGUUGUGGGUUUUUGAUGGGGUGAUGGGUACUGAUGAUUAUGCUAAUGGGUGUAAGACUUUGAAGGAGGUUUAUAAGCUUAGGAAAGAUGGGUAUGAUGGGAGGUCUACUGUGCCUAUGUUGUGGGAUGUGGAAAAGAAGGAGGUUGUGUGUAAUGAGAGUUAUGAUAUUGUUCAAUUGCUUAAUUCUGGGUUUAAUGAAUUGGCCAAGAAUCCGGGUUUGGACCUCGAACCUCCCUCGUUGAGGGGGAGGAUUGAGGAGUGGAAUCGCGUUAUUUAUCCUUAUGUGAACAAUGGGGUUUAUAGGUGUGGGUUUGCUCAAACUCAAGAGGCUUAUGAUGCAGCUGUGAGUGACUUGUUUGGCACACUAGACACAUUAGAGGAUCAUUUGGAGCAUUCCCGAUACCUUUGUGGAGAUUCAUUGACAAUUGCUGAUGUCUGCUUGUUCACUACCUUAAUCAGAUUUGAUCUUGUUUAUAAUGUUAUGUUCAAGUGCACAAAGAAAAAGAUAGUUGAGUAUACCAAUCUUCAUGCAUAUAUGCGAGACAUUUAUCAGAUUCCAAAAGUCGCAGAAACUUGCAAUUUAAAAGCUAUGAUGGAUGGCUACUACAAUUUCCUGUUUCCACUGAAUCCAGGAAAUAUUCGGCCUAUUACGCCAUCUGGUUGUGAGCAUGAAGCUCUCUCAAGACCGCACAAUAGGGAAUUACUAUCAUCGGCUGAUGAAAGCUUGCAGACUAUUAUAUCUUGAUUAUUCAGACUCAGAGUGUAAAAUAUGAGUAUAUCAUAUGACUAAACAUAGACAAUGGAUCUUGUUAUUCUUUUCUAUUGAUUGUAGUAUUAUAUGCAAUAAGUGGGAGUUUUUUUCCUUUUCUAGGGGAGUGGAGGUAGGGAUGAAAUGGUUGAAAGAGUGAAAUUGUCAGUUGUGUAUAGUUGUAUUUUUUGUACUCUGCCCUCCUUGAGCCAUUGUGUAAGGAGUUAAGGACCUAUAAUGUAGACUUUGAGAGGAAUUAUACUAAUGAGCAAAUUCUUAGUUAAUUUUGGGAUCAA